ACAAGUCUUGAAAGUUUGAUUGCAGCUUUAAAACUAAGAGAAGUUGACUUCCUCUUCUAGCUCAGUUUGCAGAAGUAAACACCGGAGCACAAAUGGACAGCAGCGUUCAAGGCGGCAAAGCGUAUGGCCUCCUCAAGUCUCACCAAGAGGAAAACCUGAACGCCAUCAAUGAGGCUUUUCUGUCCGAUGAGCAGUAUGCAGAAGUGGAAGACCUCGCAUUCAAGCUGGACAUGUUUAAACAGAAAUACAUGGAGUUUGAUCUCAACGACAAAGGGGACAUAGACAUGAUGGGCUUAAAGCGAAUGCUGGAGAAACUGGGACUGGCCAAGACUCACCUGGAGUUGAAAAAGAUGAUGUCGGAAGUAGUCGGAGGAGAAUCCAAGGAAACCAUCAGCUACACGGAUUUCUUAGAUAUAAUGCUAGGGAAAAGACACGCCAUUUUAAAACUGAUUCUGAUGUUUGAAGGCGGGAACAAGGAGGAGAAGAGACCAGAGGGACCAGCUUCUCCCAAAACCUUCUCGCAACUACCCUGAAGCACCUUUCAUCAUGAAAUUCCAUAACUAAUACAUCAUAGGUUCUCCUUAUUAUUAGGGACAGGCAAUAUAAUCGAUUAAUUUGGCCGAUUGUGUGGAAUUGACUGUUGAUUCAUCUUGUCUUGACGUAAAAACGAGUGUACUACUUGGCCUGAACCAGUUUGUGUAUUUUUUUUUUUUUUUUUUUAAUUAUACAGUGAUUAACUUUUCUAUGAAUGUGAGGAAUGUUAAAAUGAUAAUUGGGCGUACAGUGAAUAAUGUCACCGAUGAUGACAGUUGAAUCCUGAAACAGAGUUUUUCUAUGUUAGUAGGCUCCAGAGUAUUUUUGUUUAGAAGAAAAGCUUACUUGUUGUAUCAUUUCAAUGUGAAUUGUCUACGCCGGUCCCCAACAAACCGUACACCACUCAGGUAAGAGUACUGUUACUAUGGAAUAUUAUUCAAGUAAAAAAGUAGUGCUCCAAAUGAUUACAUGUAAAUAUGUUGGCAUUAGAACUACUCUGACAAGUACAAUUUAUCCAAAAAGUAACGUUAGCCAAUAUAACGGAGCAAAUGUAGCGUGUGACUACAAACCUGUGCCUAAAACAUAUCAAAUGUGAUGGGAAGUGAGAAAUCAAACUUUCUGUGACGUUCAGAAACAGAAAAUAGGAAAUGCUUGAAUAAAACCACUGCUCAGAGUUUCAA